CAAUUUCCAAACAAUUUUGCAAGAGGCACCCCCGAUUUGUUCGUAUCAGUGGAUGUAGUUAGUUUAUGUUGCAAUCGGAAGCUGGAUCCAGCGAGAAGGUUCUAACGUCGACCCUGAUUCGAUCUGUGCCGGCCGAAAAAAUGUCUGGAUCCUGUAACCAAGAACCAAAAAAAGGAUAGCUCAACCCACCCCAAUCAUGCGUGUUUGUUUCUCACAUCAGCUCACUUACUUUCGACUCCUGCAGAGACGACCAACAUCCUCCUCUCAUAUUCUCGCAAUUUCAAAAGACAUAUAUCAUCAUGGUUUCUCUCCGGCUUGUAGUAUUGAUUGCAGCAUUGACUUGUGCUAAUGGGUAUACCAGAGGUGCAGCACAAAUUGAGGAAGAAGAUGCCAAGGCACUUGAAUUCGAGCAGUUCAAGGAGGCCCCAAGAAAACUAAAAAGGAGCGAAAAGAAGAAGCCUUUGACCCAGGGUGGAGGCGGAGGCGGCGGAGGAGGAAAGAACAAGGGAGGAGGAGGAGGAGGAGGCAACCGAAACAACGGCAACGGCGGUGGAGGUGGAGGUGGCAGUGGCGUUAUGGAGGAUCAUGCAUGUGUUCCAUUCAAUGCUGAAAUUCAAGCUCGAGCAAGCUUGAGCCUGUCUGACGAUGCCUGUAGGGCUAAUGAAUGCGGUGGGGGCUGUUGCCGUGUCUAUCAUUGGCUUAUCUGCGACACUGGAAAUGAGAUGCCCCAGCUUUCUUGCGUUUGCAACGGCAACACCGCAGCUGUUGCCACUCCUGCUCCGGUAACUCCAACUCCUCCUCCAGUCCCUGUUACUCCCAUGCCCACACCUAACCCAACAGACGUUCCGGUUCCAGCUCCGGUUCCAGCUCCGGUUCCAGCCCCGGUUCCAGCUCCGGUUCCAGCUCCGGUUCCAGCUCCGGUUGCUGUCACCGAAAUCAAGGAUGGAGACGGACUCAGCACACCCCCUACUCCUGGAAACAACGGUCAGAACAACGCUGCUCCUGGAAACAACGGUCAGCAGAUGACAAAGCCACCAUACACUGGUGGAGCUGCCGCAGAUUCUUGUGCCAGUGGCUCCCCUCACCACAAUAACCCUCUCUUCAGGGAUUUCACUCGGUGCUUCAGUGCACAAGACUGCCCCAUGGCGACUGAAUGUUGUAUCCACUCUUUCUGCUUCUGUGGUGAGCCCGACAGCUGGGACGGCGACUGCGUUGCCCCCACAACAGACACCCAAAAGUAA